GUGCAAAAUAUGUACAGUUAGCAUGAAUAAAUGCCUCGAAUAAGUGUUUACGGAUUAAAUGCAUUACUAGAUAAAUUUGCCAUAGCACAAAACGGGAACGCGAAUGGUAUUAACUAAAAGAGGUAUAUAUAAUCGUAGCUCUGCGCUGUGCAUUUGAUGGUCUCCAUCAGAGUUCUGGUCACGGAGAGUCACUGCACUCGCUCUCUCACUCCUUUGCACCGGUGAGUCAACCGAGCGUCGCUGUCCGUGGUGCCUUUUCUGCGCAAAAAGACCAUAACAGAUGGGGGAGCAUGAGUGUGAAGUAGUAGAAGAGCUCACCGCAUACUUGUGCUGAAGAAAACAUUUCAUCACAAACGACCUCACACAUAUAGUAAAUUCUAACAGACCGGAUAGCCACAAGGGGCACCGAAACCGAGAUGAUGGACGCACGGAGUGGGAUAAUGAAUGGACUACUGUUAGGAUGCACGGAGCAAGAAGGGGUGUAAACAAAAACAGAUUUUACUUCUUAUUUUUACAAAUCGGUUUUAAAAUGAAUGUAUUAUAACAUAUGUUUAAUAUGCUGACACGUCAUUAUGUGUCAAAAUAAUAAUAAUAAUAAUAAAAAAAAAACAGGCAAUCAAACUAAACCACUCUACUAUAAGAUAUCCCAAUUAAAAUAUGACUAUGUAAAAUACAUAGGCCACUUAAAAGUACGCAUUUUACAUCGAAGAACAUGUGCUUCCCCAAAGUUAGAUUAGAUGCAAAAUAGUCACAAUGUGCUAAAUAGUCUUGUUUGAAUAAGGAUGUAACCAUAGCAACAGUUCCGUUACGCGUAACGCGCACUGCAUCGACAAAACAUAAGUACUGUCAUUAUUUAUCACUUUAUUGUAGAUUUGCACAUCGUAAAAAUCUUUGAAACAUAUUUUAGAUAGUUGACGGUUGGCUAACCAGUUUUGGUUUGCGCGUCACCAACCUCAGCAGAAAUGUUAUUCCCUUAAAAAAAAAAAAAAAAAAAAAAAAUAGAACCCCUUUGGAAUGCGUUUAAUAUUUCGCACACUGCACCUCCAACGGUCCCCAAAUGUUCAUUUCUCGACAGUAAAAUAUACUAUUUUGCAAUAAGAUUUCCUUUCGAAUAAAAAGGAUGAGAGGAAGAGACACUGCUCAAACAGUAGAACUAAGCGAUCAAGUUGAGCUUUGUUUGUCGCACAGGGGGUGGAGAGAGAGAGAGAGAGAGAGAGAGAGAGAGAGAGACUCGCGCGCAGAGUGCGGCAGAUACACACGCGCUUCUGCUGCAGGUGAGAGGCGCGCGCUGGACAGAGGGACCGUCCUCGCGCUGGAAUUUUAAUACCACACUCCUAGCAUCUCUGCCAGGAUUAUUACUCCGUUGUUGCUCAGUUUGCAUUUUGCCAUAAGGCUGAACGGCACAGUGGCACUGCGGAGAUUUUUCUUUUUCUUUUUCAUUCUCUGGUGCAAGUGAGAAGAACUAUUAGACGCUGAGUGGACUGGAGAAAUCUGUGCGCGCGGACAAGGCACACGGAGAGGACAGAUCAUUUGCGGUUUAUAUCCGUAGCACAAGAAGUUCUGAUAUUUCAGUUUCUAUUCUGUAUGGUGGGAUAUCACCUGGAGCGGAGAAUUGGCAUCUGGGAAAGCUGGAUUUAAAACCCUCAUGUAUCGAUUGCGCAAUGGAUUGAAUAUCUGGCUUCGCUGCCUUAAAUGAAAAGACUCGGCGAUGUCAAGUCAUGGCAAAGACGGAGUAGUCUCAGCAAGUAAUUUUUGGCAUGUUUAUUUCAAGCUUAAUAUUGAAUGAAUUUGUGAAGACUUUCUGUCAGUAUUGUGUAUAUUUUUGAGGGACAAAUCAAUGAAAAAGGAAUAGCGCGAGCCUAGUCUGAGAGGGAGAGAGAGAGAGAGAGAGCGAGAGAGAAAAAAACAGAUAUGCGCUAUUCUGCCUGAGUUUGGUAACCACAGAGAGGUAUCCGGUUGUAAAAACGCAUGCAGUGAGAAACAGGCGCUUUAACACAAGCGAGAAAAAGCUGUUAAACAAAAGUAUCGUUCAGUUUUGCUGGAAAAUCUGCGAGGAGCAAUGAGGACUACAGGCAUUGUGGACUAUUUAAGCUACUGCUUUCUUAUUCUGCAGCUGCUGAGUCAGCCCGCAGCCAAGCAAGUGCUCCGGUACCGCUUGGCUGAGGAGGGUCCUGCCGAUGUCCGGGUAGGUAAUGUAGCCGCGGACCUCGGCAUCACGGCUGGCAUGGAUGUGACUUUUACCUUAGAAUCCGGCUCCGAAUACUUCAAAAUCGAUAACAUGACCGGAGACCUGAGCACGAACGAGCGGCGGAUAGACCGCGAAAAGCUGCCGCAGUGUCAAAUGAUUUUUGAUGAGAACGAAUGUUUUAUAGAUUUUGAAGUAUCCGUGAUAGGACCCGCGCAGAGCUGGGUUGAUCUCUUUGAGGGCAAAGUGAUUAUUUUAGACAUAAACGACAACACGCCGUCUUUUCCCUCACCUGUUCUCACCCUCUCCGUUGAGGAGAACAGACCCAUUGGCACACUUUAUCUCCUGCCCACGGCCACCGACAGAGAUUUCGGUCGGAAUGGAAUAGAGCGAUAUGAGUUAAUUCAGGACAACGGCGAGAGCUCUGUCAGACGGAUCGGCACUUCUAGCUCCGGCAGUGUUGACACUCACACGGGCAAGCGGAGGUUCGACGAGGGGGCGAGCCGUAGCAGCGUCUUUGAACUUCAAGUUGCUGACACCACAGACGGCGAGAAGCAGCCGCAGCUAAUUAUCAAAGGGGCACUGGACAGAGAGCAGCGCGACUCCUAUGAGCUGACUCUGCGCGUUAGGGAUGGGGGCGACCCCCCACGCUCCUCCCAAGCCAUUCUUAGGGUAAUGAUUACAGAUGUGAAUGAUAACAACCCACGCUUUGAGAAGAGCGUUUAUGAGGCAGAUCUGCCAGAAAACAGCUCCCCAGGUGCCCCCAUACUUCAGCUAAAAGCGGGCGACACUGAUGUUGGUGUGAAUGGACAGAUUGAGUAUGUUUUUGGAGCAGCCACAGAGUCAGUGCGACGACUGCUGCGGCUAGAUGAGAGCACUGGCUGGCUCAGUGUUUUGCACCGAAUUGACCGAGAAGAUGUGAGCCAGCUUCGCUUCACAGUCAUGGCACGUGACCGUGGUCAGCCUCCUAAGACUGACAAGGCGACAGUCAUCAUAAAUAUCAAAGACGAAAAUGACAACGUCCCCAAUAUCGACAUUCGAAAAAUCGGACGCAUCUUUCUCAAAGAUGGAGUGGCUAACGUGGCAGAGGAUGUGAUUGUCGAUACACCCAUCGCUCUAGUCCAAGUGUCAGACCGAGAUAAAGGUCCAAAUGGUAUAGUUACUUGCACCGUAGUGGGCGAUGUUCCAUUUCAGCUUAAACCUGCUAGUGAGGUUGAGGGUGAAAUGAAUAAAAAGAAGUACUUUCUCCAUACGUCAGCACCACUUGAUUAUGAAGCAGUGCAGGAGUAUAACGUGGUCAUUGUUGCUGUUGACUCUGGGAGCCCUAGUCUCUCUAGCAACAAUUCAUUGAUAGUGAAAGUGGGGGACAUGAAUGACAAUCCACCAGUUUUUAGCAAAAGCACAGUGGAAGUUUCAUUUCCUGAAAACAAUGCUCCCGGUGAGCGUGUCGUCACAGUAGUGGCUUUAGAUGCAGACAGCGGCAAAAAUGCAGAAAUCUCUUACUCCCUGGACUCCUCUGUGAACGGAAUAUUUUCCAUUGAUGCAGACACCGGUGACAUCCGUGUCAACACCAUACUUGACAGGGAGCAGACGGAACGAUAUGAGUUCAAAGUUAUCGCCAAAGACAAAGGCAUGCCUGUUCUGCAGGGCUCAGCCACUGUGGUAGUCCUGGUGGCAGAUAAAAAUGACAACGAGCCAAAGUUCAUGCAGGAUACAUUCACUUUCUACAUACAGGAAAACCUGCAACCCAACAGCCCAGUUGGCAUGAUAACGGUCAUGGAUGCAGACAAAGGACAAAAUGCAGAAAUGAGUCUAUACAUUGAGGAAGAAGAGGACAUUUUCUCCAUUGACAACAACACAGGUACCAUCUUCUCAAACAUGCCAUUUGACCGUGAGCAAAAAAAUGCAUAUACGUUCCGUGUCAAAGCUGUUGAUGGAGGCGAUCCGCCCCGGUCUGCUACAGCCAGGGUAUCUCUCUCUGUAAUGGAUGUAAAUGAUAAUCCUCCCACUGUAACUUUUCCAAUGAAUAACUCAUACACGCUGCUUCCUCCUUCGAGCAAUAUAAGGACGGUGGUCAGGACUGUCUCGGCUACUGAUACCGACUCAGGUGUUAAUGCUAACCUCAGCUACAGAAUAGUUGGCGGCAAUCCGUUUAAAUUGUUUGAAAUUGAUGCGUGGACUGGAGUAAUCUCAUUAGUUGGCAAACUAGAGCAAAAACACUUUGGCCUUCAUCGCCUGGUUGUGCAAGUGAAUGACAGUGGGGUUCCAUCGCAAAGCACCACCACACUAGUCCACAUCUACGUCAAUGAAACACUCUCUAACGCCACUAUCGUAGAGGCACAAGUUGCCAAAAGUCUUGGUACACCGCUAAAUGCUGACAUUGCAGGCGACCCCAAUUAUGACUUGGGAAAGCAACGGUUGAGCAUCGCCAUAGGGGUUGUGUCAGGCAUCAUGACAGUCAUUCUUAUAAUCUUGGUGGUCGUCAUGGCCCGCUACUGCCGCCCCAAGAACAAGAACGGCUAUGAGGCUGGAAAGAAAGACCAUGAGGACUUCUUCACACCUCAGCAACAUGAUAAAGGCAAGAAACCUAAGAAAGACAAGAAUAAGAAAAAGUCUAAACAACCUUUAUAUAGCAGCAUUGUCACCGUAGAGGCAUCCAAGCCAAAUGGGCAACGCUACGAUGGCGUUAAUGAGAAACUGUCAGACAGUCCGGGAAUGGGCCGUUAUCGGUCCGUCAACGGUGGCCCCGGAAGCCCAGAUCUUGCCCGCCAUUACAAAUCCAGCUCACCCUUGCCUACCGUUCAGCUGCACCCUCAGUCGCCCACAGCAGGAAAAAAGCACCAGGCUGUUCAGGACCUGCCACCGGCCAACACAUUUGUCGGCACUGGAGAUAACAUAUCCAUCGGAUCAGACCACUGUUCUGAGUACAGUAGCCAAACCAUCAACAAGUACAACAAGCAGCCGUUCCGCCGAGUGACCUUCUCGGUGGUGAGCCAGCCCCAGGACCCGCACCAGGGCUCGCUGCAGAGCUGCUACGACAGUGGCCUGGAGGAGUCGGAGACGCCCAGCAGCAAGAGCUCGUCCGGCCCCAGACUAGGUGCCCUCCCUCUACCCGAAGACGCCUAUGAGAGGACUACGCCCGAUGGCAGUGUCGGUGAGGCAGAGCAUAUGGAAAAUGGCCCACUCACACAUACCCAUUCCCUCCAGGGGCGAAGGUGUGUUAUUGGAUCAGAGGCCGUUCCUGUAAAUGGAGAUCUGUGUGUUUACAUCAACUCUCGGCCCCUGCCUGACGUAGCUAUGACGGGUAAAUGCACGCGGGAGUGUGACGAAUACGGCCACUCGGAUGCCUGCUGGAUGCCUGUGCGCACCUCGCCUGAACGUAGGCCCAAGGCCACCCCUCCCAAACUCUCCACCUUCAUGACCUCCCCCGGGGGCAGCGUUGCCGAACAGCCCGGCAGCCAAGAGGCUCUAGCUGUUGCCAACGGCGACCCCUCGCACCUGCUGGGCGACCGUAACCGUAAUCUCCUUAACAAGAAGAUGGCCUCCUCCUCCUCAUCCUACGACGCCUUUAGUUCAGCUGGAUUUUCCGCCAGCGAGGAAACAUCUCGCCCCAUCGAGGAGAUUCCGCUAGCGCCCACAGGUGAAUACAAGCCGACGCAAUGCGGAACUCUCACCAGGCGGGAAGUUUACCUGUAAACGACACUCGGCAACCGGGAAGGGACGAUGACAGUGACUCAGCAUGGUUAGAGAUGCUGUUAGCAAACCAAACCCUUAAACAAAAGCAACAUGGAUUCUCGCACAACUAGUGCGGCGUUACUUUCGAACCUAAAUAGAGUAAAAAAACGUGGAAUUACAUGUUGUAAAUGUGCGUGAAAAGGAUGAGAUGGAGGAGGGGGAAGUGGCUGAGGUGGAGAGAGGGGAAUGCUGGUGGAUAAGUGCUACUUUGCUGCUAGCGUAUCGGGCCCCGUAGACUUCCCCAAAGUGCUGCCUGGUUUCUGUAGACCUCUUUAUAAACAUGCAUGCAUUAUCUAACCCCUUAAGAGUGUGUGCCCCUUGAGACGGACCUGGACUAUACAUUUUUGUCUUUGUUUUUAUAACUGUUGCUAUGGCUAUGGGAACCGAUAAGACUAGUUCUGCCUUUUAAUCCGACUUUAUUUUUCGGGGGUGGGCGGGAGUGUUUUUAUGUGGAUGUAUUAUAUCCAUAUGCAAUCAGUCCAAGUACUGAACUGUCCACACAGGACGACAAAUCAUGUCAACAAAGAAGAAGAACAAGAAAAAAAAGACUGGCCAAUGACGAACGAAACUCAUAACUAGAUGAUGGCGGAGCUCUUCAUAUGUUGUCACUGACUUUAGCAUUUUACAAGGGUUUGUAGAUACUCAAAUGGCGCAAGUGAACGGCGUACGCGCUGUACAGCGCGAGAAGCAAGUUUACCUGUGUGCCUAUCAACCUCACGUACACACGAAGGAACACAAGCAUACACAUGUUUUUGUCGUGUGGGUGAAGUAUUGUACAUAAAUACAGUAUAUAUAUAUACUGUAAACAUACUCUGGACACACGCAUUGAAAUCACGAGCGACCCGUUUCCAUCCCGCUCCCACAUACCUUUGGAAGUAGAGGGAGUUCCUUUACAUCCCAGAUAUUGACAGUUAAUUGCCUGAAUGUCACAAGUUUGUGUAAUUGUGUGAUAUGUGAAACUAUGCUGAAGUUCUUCUUUUGUGGUCUCAAGAUGGCCUCCCGGCACACACACAUUUGCAAACACACACAAUAGAUCUGCACAUUGUACAUGCACAUUAUAAUUAGCCCAUAAAGUCACAGCAACGCUAUUUGGAUAUGCUGCUGGGGUGAAUUAGUCUAAUAAUAUUGCCCUGCUCAAGAGCUUGGGCUGGCCCUGUGUAACAUUCCUAGUAUGAAUGUUAAAUAGAGCAAUAAAGUCAUUCAACAGAUUCAAUCUCACACACUACAGAAGAGUAAUCAAGAAUGAGAACUUGUGUCCCUCGUAUAGCAGUCAGAGUUAGUUAACCGACUACUUGUACAAUCACAUUAAAAGUUUGGUGACUACAGGCACGACAGGAGCGAUUGCAAUGAGACGCAUGAUGCCGCUGUAUAACCAAAGUAUCGGGAACAACAUGACGUGAUGUCUCAGAGAACUGGGACAGGGAAGCUCCUUUUUUAGGUCACAUGUUGCUUUAAUUACCUUCACAUAUGUUUCUGUGCAAUGUGGGUGCACAUUUAUACAUGCAUCAUGGGCCUAUCCCAAACGAUUUGCAAGAGGAGGAGUAUACUUAGGAGGCUUCCUGCUUUUAAAUGGUGGUAAAUUAUUCAGAUGCAAUUGUUUUUUUGUUUUUGUUUGUUUUUUGUAUGUUAAUGAUUCCUUGAGUUUGAACGGACUGCCUUUUUCGCAGCUUCCAGAUCUGUAGUCUGUAUGUACUACUCGUGUUUAAAAGAAGUGCUCUGAUGCUUACAAACUGUAUACAUAGAUAUGUACUUUUUAUUGCACGUUUAAAGGGAAUCUACACUUACUAUGAAAAACAAAACAAAAAAAAAGUGUACAGAUAUCAUACCCUGUGAACAUGGAAGUCCACUGCUUGCGUUUGUUAAAAACAGACACUAGACAUUGUAGUAUAUGACUAUGUAUAUUGAUUUGACGAGGAUGAAAAAGAAUCAUACCCAUUCGUGAUUCACUGAUUUAUUUAGCAUCACAUCAUCCGUUGCUUAUUUAUCUGAUUUAUUUAUAUAUAUAUUUUUUAAGCAAAUGUACUUUUAUCCAUUGGUUCUGUAAAGUUUAUAUUCUUUUCACACACACACAAAAAAAUGUACCUUUCAUUAUGUAGAAAAUGAGUUGUGAAACUUGAUUUCAGAACAAUUCAAAAGGAGUCUCACGUACCUCACAACUCACCGUUCUGUUUGUUUUUCAAAUAUAUGCUCAUAAUGAUGCCCUCUUCAGAUCUCAUCAGUCAUAUAUUUCCCUUUCCCUCCUAGUGCCACUUUGUAUAUGUAGUGCUUCUGUUAAAAAAAAGGAAAAAAAAAAAAUCAAAACAAAACUAUAGAGUGAAUGCAAAAUAUGCAACUGUGCCUUUUUAUACCUUUAUUGGUAUGACUCGUUGGUUUUAACCAGUAUGAAACCAAUUGUACUGAGAUGCUUUCUAAAAGUGAAGGAAGAGUACUUUAUGCUGAAACUACAGUCCUGGCAAUUUUACUAUGAUAGACUUUCAAAUAACAAAAGCUUUUAUCUUGUGGCUUCUUUAAGUAAGCUCAGUCAAACUUUGUCAAGUAUAUUGAUGAGUUCCAACUGUACAUGUCAUAGGUGAUACCCUGGUAUAUUCAUCCAUUUCAAAGUUAGCAUGGUCACACGUCCAACUGGGAUUUUUACGGCAAGGUCAACUUUAGUCACGAAAGCAACAGUUCGGAAAGGAUCGGUAAUAAUACAGUUCUGCAAUGGUGGCACAGCAAAACGGAGAAAAUGCAAAGUGUCCAUUAGGGAUGAAGCAAACGCGCUUAGAGGAAUUCUGCAGUUUUCAUGAUAUGAAAAGGUAGAAGAAAAACAAAGCUCCAAAGGUUUUCGAAAGGGACACACACCUCAGAGGACUAUAGUGUAGAUAUAUCAGCUGAUUAGUUACAGUAGGAGCAUCUGGCAGUUGUGUCUAAAAAAGAAACCAAGGAGAUUGACACCUACGUCUACUGUACAUGCCUGGAAACAGCCUGCACCUUAAUUCUUAAAAUACAUUUGACUUUGUUGUCGAUGUGCUGAAACCGCUUUCUUUAAUUGUUGUUUGCACUCUGAGGUGUGUGUUUCUUAAGCUUUCAACUUAGAAGAUAUAAGACUUAGGUCAUAGGACACAUCACUGACAAUGAAAAAAGAAAUUGUAAUUUUAAUCAUACUCUAUUUGUCCUGCGACUUGGAUGUUGAUGUAGAAUUGAGGAUUGAUUUUAAUCAUUGUUUUAUUAGGAGUCACUAUGCACGCAGCUUAGCUGAACAUGGCAAAUGUACUGAGCGCAAGCCCACCUCUAUUUAUGAUCUAUUUUACAUAUUUUUUGCUUUUGUACAGGUAUUUCUGUAAAUAAAUUGCUUGUCAUUUUUGUCUCUGCAGAAAUUAAAAUAUACCAUGAUACAAGA